UUAAAGUAAAAAACGUACAAUUAAUUGCCAUUUUUUUAACUGCAUUGCUUCAUUCAUACCAUAAUCGUAUAGCACCAACUAGGCCUACCAGUUUCCGAACUUAGCACUCGAGAGCCGUUUACUGUGCAUCAACGGUAAAAUGACAUAAAUAGCGGCAAGUGCAGAGCGCAUAAUGGCAAUCAGUGCCACUUCCACUUAGCUCACUGAGCGCACGCUCUACGGGUUCUGUGUCCACUCAACUGCUGAUAGAGAAGUGGGUGCACUCUCGCGCACAAACGAGACAAUGAAUGGACAAGAAUGUUCCUUAACAGUCAACAAGCGAGCCAGUCAACGACACAAACAAAAAAAAAAACCAUGCACAAAGCAUUGGAGGAAAAGUCAGUCACUUGCGGGCGUUUGAGCGGAACACUACGUGGAACGGAGAUAAAAGAAGAGUUGUGUUUUUGCUUUUCGUAUAUAGGCGCAUGCAUUUGUAUAUAAAUAAGAACAUAUGGUUAAAAGAUUUAUUUGCUGUUUGCACAAUUGAAAAAGUCAACACCGCUAAUAGUUACUUGAGAGCAAUUUGAACGUUUUCGCGCAAAGUGGCUUGCAGUUAAUUAAACUGCAAUGAAUUGAUCAUUGGAAAUAAUUGAAAAUAGAGCAUUAUUCGAACAUACAUGUGUAUAAACAAUUUAAAUCAAGUGACAAUAAUAAAUAGAUAAAUAAUAUUAAAAUUUUAUUGACAAACAUUUAAAAUAAAUCAUCUAAAAACUGCCUACCUACUAGUAUUUGCGUGUGCGUCGCAGAGGAACUACAAAAUUUUGUGCAAAGCAAAUCGUUCAAUAAACAAACAAAAAAUGCUGGACACUAUCAUCUACAUACCCACCAUAUUGGCGUACGCUUUCAUUUCGCUGCUUGUCAUUAUCCUUUGCUUCAUCGUAGUCUACAUCAGCCAUAGAAUUUAUGUAUGCCUCUACGAUAAUCUGCCCGUGGCGCAUGCGGCGCUCUCAACCAUAAUGAGUGUGGAUUCCAAGGACAAUGCGCCGACCAGAACUCAUAGCAGCAUUUUGUUGCGCUCAACGUCUAGUAUAAAUGAACGCAAGACGAAAACAGCGCUGCGUAUCAUUGUCACACUGGCCCCAACUUACCUAGCCUAUGUGGCCUUAGAACUCGAAAAGUGUGCGAAGGAGAGCAACACGAAUAAGGAGCAAUAUAAAUUAAUUAAGUAUUAUGAUCGUCUAUCACAAAUACCAAUGAUAAAUCCUUUAUCGAGCUGUACCAGCGAACAUGAAUUGUAUGCUAGCAGUGGACGCAAGAUGAAGCAGAGGCCGCCACAGAUGUCGCGAAAUACAACUGUUUGCGAGUCAAAUGUUUUGAAUAAAUCCGCAAAUGCUUCCACAAAAUCUGUUGCCACUUCGACCACAAAAUUAACAUCGUUUAAUGUAGAGAGUUUUAACGUCAAGCAAGAACCAUCUGUGAUUCGGCCAUCGGGUUCUGUGGUGCGUCCAUCGGGUUCUGUGAUUCGGCCAUCGAGUUCUGCGGUGCGUCCAUCGGUCACCUUUGCAAAUGCGGUGAAUGCGCUUGCAAAUAUCAAAUUAGCAACACCAGCCGAGGAUUCGCAGUGA